AUGGAUAAACAGAGAGAUCAGAAGAAAGCAGUAGCGAAGAGAAAACUGGCAGAAUUGCUUUGGUCACACAAGCCAUGCGCAAAAACGAUCAGUAACCUGAACCAACGACAAAAGGAUGGUCUGCAAGCAGCAUCUGAGGCGAUGGAGAAAUGCAAUGAAGUGAUGGAAGCAAUGCGAAUGAUUCAGGGGAAAUACAGUGAAGCGAUGGAACAGAUGCAAACAACUCAGGGGUAUUUGUAUCGUGUUCUUAACACUUUACAGAAUCCCAACAACACGCUUCAGUCCAGGACUACUCCAUACAUUGAUCAAAGUCAACCUAAUAGCACUACAAUGUUGCGGCAUCCGCCUGCUCAACCAACCCCCCAGCCUACGCCAAGGCCAAGUCAGCAGGCUCAUUAUCCAGCAGGGGACUUUAACCUGCCUUAUGCUUCACAACCCAACCACCCCAUGGGCAGCAAUACCCAUAUACAACAGCCAUACACGCAGCCUACACCACAACAUCCUCAUUAUCCACAUUCUGAGUCUCCUGUAUUAUCCACCAACAACCUGAUGCCUAUGCAGAACAGUUUCCCUCAGUAUCCCAACCAAGAAUCAGCUGCAGGAGAGGUCAUGGAGGAGGAUAAUCUAGAUUUCUUUCGUGAUACUGACCUGCUGGACAUGCUAAAUGCUAACUAG